AUGGCUCCAAUUGAUCGAUGCUUAGCCUCUGUGGCCAAGCUGACGCUCUCACAGCCAUCAAUACGACCGCUCGUGCCGACGAUACCCCGAUUCCUCGCGCCUGCGUUGAUUCAAUCCCGACAAGCCUCUGUCAUCCGGACAAAAAAGACGACAAAAAAGAAGGCCGUUCCCAAGGAUUUUAAGCGACACAACCUGGAGAAGAGGGGAUUCCCACAGCACACACUAUGCGAUGCUAUGCGAGUCCUCCGAGCCAUCGAGGUCGGCCAACCUCCUGCUUCGAUCAAAUACGAGAUUCAUAUCAACCUUAAAACAGCAAGAAACGGCCCUGUGAUAAAAAACAGCAUCAGACUGCCGCAUCCCGUCCAGAGCGAUUGGCAAAUUGCCGUCAUUUGCCCCGAGGGUAGCGACAUCGCGACUGCUGCCACCGCCGCCGGCGCUGUUGCCGUUGGAGAAGAGACGCUCUUCGAAGCUAUCCGCCAAGAAAAGAUUGAUUUCGACCGCCUGAUUUGCCAUGAAAACAGCGAAAAGGCCCUGAACAAGGCCGGCCUGGGAAGAAUCUUGGGUCCCAAGGGCCUCAUGCCCAGCAAGAGAAUGAAGACGAUUGUAAACGACGUGGUCAAAUCCAUUCGCGACUCAGCCGGUGCGGCGGACUACCGUGAGAGACAGGGCGUCAUUCGAAUGGCCAUCGGACAGCUUGGCCACACGCCCGACCAGCUCAAGGCCAAUAUCCAAGCGCUGUUGAAGAAGGUCAAGGCGGAAUGCGCCGAGAUCUCGGAGGAAGUCUCAAAAGAAGUGCAUGAGGUUAUUCUGAGCACAACGAAUGGUCCGGCGCUGAGCUUGAACGGCAAGCUGAACGAGGCGGAGAGCACGCUUACAGUCGAAGCAUUGUCAAGCGUCAUGUAA